AAAGCAGUAUCUCGCGAGAAGGUGAAAGUACGUCUAGGAAGGGAAUUCCGGCGAAACGCCGAAGCCGGGCGCUUUUGGUUCCCUGGUGCUUUAGAUGUCGGACGGUGGAGACCUCUUGUUUGGCAUCGCCUGGCGGGAUGAUGUUGGCCCGGCUGACAGCAAAACCAGAGGGGAAGCUUGCCAAACAGCUCUGCAAAGUGGUCCUGGACCAUUUUGACACACAGUAUUCCAGAGAACUUGGAGAGGCCUGGAGCGCAGCAAGCGAUGUUUUGAACACACACGGGAGCUUGCGCACACAUAUAAGACACAGAUUCCUUAAAUGUAUCAUAGAAAACAGGGAUAUACUAACAUCUCCGUCAUGCUGGCAACAUGCUGUUCUUCUUAACCGAUUCAAUUACCCUUUUGAACUGGAAAAGGAUUUACAUUUCAAGGGCUAUCACACACUCUUUCAAGGAUCUUUACCCUAUUAUCCUAAAUCAUUGAAGUGUUAUCUUAGCAGAAUUCCCCACCGGAUACCUUCAGAAAGACACCAAAUUGGAAACCUAAAAAAAUACUAUCUCCUGAAUGCUGCCUCUCUCCUCCCAGUACUGGCUCUUGAAUUAAGGGACGGAGAGAAGGUUCUGGACCUGUGUGCUGCUCCUGGAGGCAAAUCAAUCGCUCUGCUGCAGUGUGCUUGUCCAGGUUAUCUUCAUUGUAAUGAAUAUGAUAGUCUGAGAUUGAGGUGGCUGAGGCAGACGUUAGAAUCUUUCAUCCCGGAGCCUUUGGAAAAUGUAAUUAAAGUGUCUGAAUUGGAUGGCAGAGAAAUGGGAGAUGCCCAGCCUGAAAAGUUUGACAAGGUGUUAGUUGAUGCUCCAUGUUCAAAUGAUCGAAGUUGGUUGUUCUCUUCUGAUUCUCAGAAGGCAGCCUGUAGGAUAAGCCAAAGGAGAAAGUUGCCGAUUCUACAGAUAGAACUCUUAAGGUCUGCAAUUAAGGCGUUGCGUCCUGGAGGGUUACUUGUGUACUCUACAUGCACACUUUCCAAAGCAGAAAAUCAGGAUGUGAUCAGUGAAAUUUUAAAUUCCUGCAGUAAUAUCAUGCCUGUGAACAUAGAGGAAAUGGCAAGGACUUGCUCCCAAGACUUCGCAUUUGUGCCCACUGGCCAGGAGUGUGGACUUUUGGUGAUUCCAGAAAAGGGCAAAGCGUGGGGCCCAAUGUACGUAGCCAAACUGAAAAAAUCGUGGACUGUAUGAACUUGGUGAUGUGCACUUUGGAAACUGUGUCCGUGUACUAUUGUAUUUAUUUUUUCUGGGCUUUCUACAUGUGAACAUUUAAAUAAUUAUGGAGUCAGUUUCCCUGGAUCUGUUUUGGAAUCCAGGAUGCUAGUUUUGGAUGCUAGUUAAUACUCUAGCAUCUCAGAGUUUAGGCUUGAGAAUUUUACAGGUGUAUACUUUUCCUAGAAAUACAUCUACAGCAGUGAUUUAAGGUGGUGCAGAUGGUGUUUGUUCUGUAUAAUAAAAUUGCUGUCUUUUACUUGGCAUUUUGUAGUUAAAUUAAUCUACAUGGUUUUGUGCAUAGGAUGUUUGGAAGUACAUCCUAUCCAUGAGGUUGGUACUUUGAACCUUUAAAAAUGCACAUUUGCUGGCCCUCUUAGGAUUUGUCUCCUUAUCAAAUAUACAGAUUCUUUGAGAGUUUUCCUCCCCCUUUUUCUUAAGAACUGAUUGGUAUUCUGAGACUAACUUCUUAAGCAGCUCUAUUUCUAGUUCUAGCAAAAUAUGUUUCCUACUUGCUAAGUUGUUUUUUGUUAAGGACUGUCUUCUGUUUACUGCAAAGGUCAGUGACUCUACUGACAUCAGCUUUAUUUCUGCACGAUUUUUGUAUUCACAAAUACAAAUUGAAAGGGGGAAUUAUGUUGAAAGGCCAUUAGAAGAGCAGAUUCACAUGCACAUGUUUGACAUUUGACAUUCAGCUAGUAGAAUAAUGGAGUCUAUCCAGCAGACUAUAAAGCAAGUGCUUGAAACAAAACCAGAAUGAUUAAUAACUGCAAUAACUGGAACUAUAUUCGGAGAGUUUUGUUACAUAAUUGCAGUUAUAAUGAGCACCACAGAAUCUGAUUAUCUUAGAGUUGCAAUCUGGAGGGGCUUUUUAUUUCACUCUGUUAUGAAAUGUUAUGUGAGAGUAUGAUGUCACAUGUUAAUGCACAAGAGGGAGAUGCCUAAUGAGAGUGGAUUAUAUUAUUACUAAAACCCAAUACAUUUACUAAGUGGCUCUCCCUGUUUACAUAUAUCUUGGGAAUGUUGUACACAUUUCUGUAUAUGUACUUAGAGUUUUAGUUUCAGGGUGGAUCAUGUGUUUUCUCUAGAAAUUGCUUCACUUAGAGUCCAAACAUAUUUUUCCAACUGUUAAGAAAAAGUAUGCACACUUCAAAAGAUUAUAUCAUUUUGGAAAUAAGCAUUUAAAAAAAAAACUCUGACUAUUCUAUAUAAUAAAAGCCUAAUAUGCAAAUUGUCCCCUUGACUGAGAGUUAGCCCGGAGUUCAACCCAGAGUUCGACCAGGGGGCGGGGCUGGCCAGCCAAUUGAGGGAAGGCCCUGGCUGGUAGCAGUGGCAGGCAGCUAGGGGCAGGAGAAGGGAGGCCCCGGCCGGCUUCCGGAAGCUGCUAGGGACCCUACUCAUGCACGAAUUUCAUGCACUGGGCCUCUAGUAUAAAUAUAAAAUUCUGCUGAAGUUGAAGCUUUUUGGAUUGUUUAUUCUAUUCUGUGCGUAUAAAUAGACUAUUUACCUAUUAGCUUUUUUUGUUUUGCAAGCAUAUAUAACUGGGUUACUGAAACUGGGAAGUCUGAGGAAGAAUGUUUAUUUUAUACCUUCAUUCCAUUAACCUUUUUAUUUUUUUAGAAUGCUUCAUGAAUUUGCAUGUCAUCCUUGCACAGGGGCCAUGCUAAUCUUCUCUGUAUCAUUCCAAUUUUAGUAUAUGUGCUGCUGAAGCGAGCACAACCAUUUUUUUCUUUAUAUCUAAUCAAUAUAUUUAAAGAAAAGCUGGAUCUCUUAGACUCAAUCAGAUAUACCGGGAUAAUAAAGAAGAUUAAUGAUAAUGGAAAAAGGUA